CAAUUUAAAAAAAAACAAUCACCAAAGUUUACAUAAAAGUGUUGGUGGCGAAGAGGGAAAAAAGCCGUAAAAGAUUAAAAAAACCGGCAGUUCCUCAACAAUCAUCGGCAACAAGAUAGCCACCCGGAAGCUACAGAUUGAGGUUUCAUCUCCGAAAGAGAAGAAGAAGAAUCUGAACAAGUCGGGCUUCUGAAUUUCUCUUACUGUCUCUUUUCGAUUUCUCCUUCACCAUUGUUGAAGAAUAUGGAAGAGGAAGGGAAGAAGAAGAGGGUGGUUGUCGAAUCGUUGGGAUGGCUGACGGAAUCUUCCAUUAUGCCGAAAAAGCACAAGGCCAUAGCUGGGGUCGGCGCAUCUUCGAUCAUGGAGCUCAAGGCUCACCUCUACAAGUCUCAAGAGGAGUCCAAGAAGUCCAAGGAAUUGGCUGGUCCAGGCGUCGAGUUCCACCGUGCAAAGAACAAGAUCACUCCCAAAGACAUUCUCUCCUCCCGAAAUUCCGGCGUCGAGGCCCGCGCUCUCAAGGACAAGCUUGAGCUGAAAGCUAUUAACGAUGGAUCGGUGAGCUAUGCUGCACUAGAGAAGAAGGCUGCAAUCUAUGAGAAGCUUGUGAAAGGGGAACUCCCAGACGAGGAAGACCAAGAGAAGUAUUGUGUGGAUUUUUUCCGCAAGAAUCUUGAGCAAGAUGAAUCACAGCUACCACAAGGUCAUGAUGCUCCUGCACCUGGAGAGAUGGAAACUCCAGAAGAUGAAACCAAGACAUCGUUCUUGUUUAACUCAAAAACAACAGGACUUGGGAGGACAUCUGGUACCAUGGACAACGACGAACACAAGCGCUUUGUGAGGGAAGUCCAUGAAGAAGUAAAUCAAGCAAGAGAGAAGGCAUCCGAACUGAAAUUACGUAGACAAGAGCAGGCAGCAGCACGUCGUGAGAAACUGAAACAGGCUUAUCUUCGCAAACAAGUAGAGAAGUUGAAGGCUUCAUCAAAUUCAGGACAAACGUAAAGAGAGGAAGAGAAAUAUAGUCUUUUAGGUACAGUUUACCACUGAAACAGGGCAUUGACUCUAUUGACAGCAAAUAGACAAUGCCUUCGUCAGGAUAAUGAUGGAUUUUGUUUGUUCUUUUUUCCAUCAAAACUUCUAUUCCCCAACCUUCUUAAUUUUCACAUUGUAUUAUAAAUUGAUUCUGAGAGAACUACAUAAAUUUUGUACCCCACAGUAUUGUAAAAUUAAUGACAGGAAAAAAAAAUCUUCUUCA